UGGAACUACACGGCUUAUAUAAAGCUGCUACUCACGGAACCGCUGACACUAGUGUCCAACAUGGCAACCAGGUGGGGAAUAUGCAGUGCAGGGAAAAUCAGCCACGACUUCACUGUGGCCUUAAAAUCCCUCCCGGACUCAGAUCACAAGAUUGUGGCUGUGGGCGCCCGGAACUUAGAAGAUGCUCAGAAGUUCGCCGAGAAGCACAGCAUCCCUGCAGCCUACGGCAGCUACGAGGAGCUCAGUAGGGAUCCCUCCGUAGACGUUGUGUACCUCGGAUCCAUCCACCCGCGUCACCUGAGCCUGAGUCUGCUCUUCAUGACGGCCAAGAAGAACGUGCUGUGUGAGAAGCCACUGGCCAUGAACUCCAGGGAGGUGGAGGAGAUGGUGGCCUGCGCCCGAGCCAACAAUGUCUUCCUCAUGGAGGCCGUGUGGACCCGGUUCUUCCCGGCGUCUCUGGAGAUCAAGCGGCUGCUGGCCCAAGGGGCCCUUGGGGAGCUGAAGAUGGUGAGGGCGGAGUUUGGGGCCCCCCUGCUGGGGGUCCCCCGGGCGAUGGAGAAGGAGCUCGGGGGAGGGGCCCUGCUGGACAUCGGCAUCUAUUGCCUGCAGUUCGCCUGCAUGGUGUUCCAGGGGGAGCGGCCCGAGAGCGUCCAGGCCAGCGGAGGCUGCCUGGAGACAGGAGUCGAUGAGUGCAUGGUGGUGACCAUGAAGUUCUCUGGGAACAGGAUGGCGGUGUGCCUGAUCUCCAACGCUGUGGCGCUCCCCAACGAGGCUGUGAUCACGGGUACCAAGGGCUCCGUCAGGGUUCCUGCCCACAUGUGGUGCCCCACGUCCCUGAUUGUGAAUGGAGAAGAGACCCAGUACCCGCUACCUGAACCCUACCUGCCCACUAACUUCCUGAACAGCACGGGGAUGCGCUACGAGGCGGAGGAGGUGCGACAGUGUCUGCUCAAAGGUCUGAAGGAGAGUCCGGGCAUGACCCACGCAGAUUCAGUGCUCCUGGCCUGGCUGGAGGACGAGGCACGCAGGCAGGUGGGGGUGGAGUACAGCCAGGACCACCACUGAACCACUAGGAACCACCAGGACCCUGUCUAUUUUGCCAGGACCUCCACUAGGACCCCGUCUACAGCCAGGAACACCACUAGGACCCAGUCUACAGCCAGGAACACUCAGGACCCAGUCUACAGCCAGGAACACUACUGAACCACCAGGACCCAGUGUCCACUGAGUCACUCAACCAGUCGUACAGCCAGGACCAGAGUCACCCAGGCCCAGUCAUCAGCUUCUAAAUAUCGUGAUUAACACAAUCAUCAUUCAAAUUCCUAGAUUUGUAUCCACCACUGCAGAGGAUUUCUUAUCCAUCAUGAUAGAUUUAUCUUUAAUAAAAAUGAAAAUAAAAAACACCACGCGAUGAUUACGAUCGUUUAUAAUCUUUUAUUGAAGCAGAUCCAGUCACGUAGGACAGCUCAGUACACCAGACUCAAACAGCCACUGUUAACACAUUUUGAAGUAAGGUCACGACACUAAGGAAUGAGUGACUGCCGACAGCAGGGGAGAGGAGUGAUGAGUUUACCCACAAUGCAGUGGGGUUUCAGGAGGGAUGGGCUUCUGCCCUCCCCA